AUGUUUGCCAAUGAAUCGAUGGCUGAACAAUUGCUGUCAGAGGUUGGUUUUUCUCAUUUUUUGCCUGAAAAUCUGAAAUUUUCGCUUAGAAAUUGCUCAUUUUAAGCCGAACAUCUCGCAUUUUCCAGGUGAUGAAUGCGAUUCAAACAAAUCUCUCAAAACACGAGAAUUCGAUGCAAAAAGUUGUGAAAAUGUUUGUGAAAAGAGCUCAAGGAUUUGGUGGAGAUUUGGAGAAGAUUCGAGAAUGUGAUUCAGAAUUUGCGUGAGUUUUUUCUCGAAUUUUUGACUGAAAAUUUGAAAAAAUUGCGAUUUUUUGAGCCGGGAGACUUGUUUUUGCCUGCAAAUUCUACAUUUUGUUAGCUGAAAAUUUAGUUGCAAAUGAAAAAAAACCUCGAAAAUUCACUGUUUCAAAAAGUUGUUAUAAAAGUUUUGAUCGGUGAAAUUUUCUAAUAUACAAAAUAGUAACAAAAUAUUAAUAAUAGGAGAAAAUUCCACUGUUUCAAAAAUUAUUUUCCAAAAAUUUUCUGGCUCACAAAAUCUGUUUCAAUAUCGUUCUUCACUUGUUGUGCCAAAAAUCCAUUGAAAUUUCAAAGAUUAGGUUUUUUCCGGCAUGUCGCAAAAGCCCGGGCCGUCACAGGCCGGCCGAAAAAAGCAGGCUCGUUUGGGCCAAGGCUUGCACGGGCCUUGACAAAAAGCUUUCUGGCUCGCCUUUUCCAUUGUUGACAAUAAAUUAAGACCUCAUCCUCUUCCUAAAAAAAAGGACCGGCCCGGAUCGGCCCGUUUUUCGAAAACCCGAGGGCCGGCCCCGUUUUUUUGUUCCGAAAAAAUGCACUGUUUGAAUAAAUUUAUUUUGAAAAAUCUUUUUGUCUCUUCCUGUGAAAAUUCGGUAGCUUGCUUAAUUUUCACAACUCACCUCAAUCUAUGUAUCUCUUCCUGUGAAAACCUUGAAAUUUGAGCCAAAAAUCGAUUUUUGGUUGAAAUUUUCGGGUAAGCAAAUUUUCAACAAGCCUGAGUUAUGACGUGACAAAACCUGGUGACUUCAAAAGGCUAUACAGCUUCAAAAACAGUAUUAGUGGUGAAAAUUCUCAACUUCAAGUAAAAAAUUCAAUUCAAAAUCACCUAUAUCCAAAAAAUUCCAAAGUUCAAGAGAAUCAUGCCUGAACCUUGAAAUUUCAUCCAAAAAUCGAUUUUUGGUUGUAAAUUUUCGGGUUCUCGCGCAGGGAAAUCUAUCGCCAUUUUCUUUUUGAAACAAAAUCCCAUAGUUAUAAUCUGAGUUAUGACGUGGCAAACCUUCAAUUUCUAAUUUUCAGAUACAAUCAAAUCACAGCCAAUGAUCUCUCUUUCAUCCGCUAUGACAAAUUUCAAAGAAUGAUUGCCGAUUUACGAGAGCAUGUUCCAAAAGCUCGCGCAUUUAUCAGCGAACUUGCCGAAGAACCGCGUGACGUCAUUGCCCCAGGUGUUGAUUGCUUCCUAGUUCCCUUUGCAAGAUUGGCUCCUCGCGCAUUGAAUGCUGCUCUCCUAGGAUAUCGUGAUGUGCUCAUCGAACUGCCCACCAGCGAUUUCGAGGUGCAAAAAUUCAAACUUCCGGCGGCUGACGUGGCGAAUAAAUGUUGCGCUGAAUUGGUUGCACUGCAUUUCACAUGCGGAGAAUUUGGAGAGGCGAAAAAGAUGAUGGCGAAAUUGGUGAAACCUGGCAUUGCUCAUCCUAUAGUCAAUAUUGAUGAGAAGAAUGCGAAACUUCAGCGUGCUCCGAAAAUUAAUAACAUCUCCAUUGUUGUGGUAAUUUCAAUCACUUUUUUCGACGCUGUUUCUAUUUCUACGCGCGCUGAAAUGACUCUGAAUCACAGCAUUAUACUUUUCUCACAAGGAAACGUUUUUAAUGUUUCCCCCUGAAAAGAAGUGAUACUAUGCGGAAAGUGUAGUACGCCAGUGGGUGUGAAAAAGCCCAAAGGGAAUUUGGAAACAAUAAUUGAUUUUUAUGGGAAAGUUAUCACGGAAGAUUUUUUAAGAUGUCAUUUUCAAAAAAUCAUAAAACCUGUCAAACUCAACGAAAAGUUUCGAUCAACACAGGAUUCUGUAGCUAAAAUUGUUUGUGAAGCGAAAAAAAAAUUGUUUUGAAAAAAAUUUGUGAAGCGAGCGUAUUGCAGACCUUCUGCAGAAUGCAGCUCGGUCGUAUUUUGUUAGUAUCUGUUUCCAUUACUCAAGAAGAUAUGCUCCAAUUUGGAUUUUCUAGUAAAACUUCUCUAAAAAAGACAUUUUGAAAGCUUUGCUCGUAGCAGGGAUUGAACCUGAGUAUCAAAACUUCAUAAUUAAUGCGUUUAACGACUCGACCACAUGCGCAAACAUUUCUAACACAGGCAAUUCGCAAAAUGUCAAAAACUGGUCUGAAACGGGUAUUUGAGCAGUUUUGGACCAGUUUCAUGCCAGUUCAAUUUUGAACUGGUCAGAAACUUAUGAAAAACGGUUAUCGGAAAAUGAUGUUUCAUAACUAAUUCGGAUAAGAAAAACAAAGCUGUUAAUAAAAAAAGCGGUUUCGCUACAUUUGGAAUCAAAUUUUCUGAAAAUUUGAGUAGAUGAAAAUUUUGAGGUUACCAGUUUGAAACCGGUCAAAAACUGGUAUUUUAUUUUACAAGGGAAGUGCACGAGGUCAAGUUCUGAAAUUUUGAUGAACCAUAUCGAAAUAUACCAAAUCGACCAUUCAGAUCACGAAUCCGAAGUCAAAAAUUGCCACAAUCUCCUGUGAGCACAUUUCUGGAGCUCCAAAGUUGAAAUUGAGUUUUGGUUUUCGCCCAUUUUCACCUUGUUCGAGGGUGGAAAAUCAACUUUCAUAUUUCAAAUAAGGUUGUUCACCACAUUUGAAAACCUAUCAGCUUUUUAGUUUAUCAAAACAUAUCAAAAAACAGCUGAAAACUGCAAUUUUCAAAAAUGCACAAAAAACUUUUAAAAACGUGUGUGUUUACGUGUAUUUGUGAGUAUUUUCAGAACUUUUCUGAAAUUUGCAGUUUUCAGCUCGUUUUUCAUAUAUUUUUUGAUAAACUAAAAAGCUGAUAGGUUUUUGAAUGUGGUGAACAACCUCAUUUGAAAUAUGAAAGUUGAUUUUUCACCCAGGAACAUGGUGAAAAUAGACUAAAACCAGAACUGAAUUUCAACUUUGGAGCUCCAGAAAAGUGCUCACAGGCAUUUGUGGCAAUUUUUGACUUCGGAUUCGUGAUCAGCAUGGUCAAUUUGGUAUGUUUCGAUAUGUUUCAUCAAAAUUUCAGAACUUGACCUCAUGCACUUCCCUUGUUAGGUUAAUCUAACUUCAAAUUGACGCGAAAGGCAAAUACUGAAUGGGAUCCACUGAAUGGGAGCACUUUCAUAUUUAUGGGAGCAAAAAAUGGGAGCAGGUCGAAAAAACAUAGGAGCAAAAAAAGUAGUCUGAAUGGGAUCUGUUUUUGUUAUAUGAAUGGGAGCAGCAUUGAAAAUAAAAUAGACUGUCUGAAUGGGAGCAUGAUUUAUUUCUAAAAAUGGGAGCAGUUUUUGAAACUUUUUUGAAUGGGAGAACUUUCGCCAUUUUUGAUUAUUUUUCAAAUCUAUCAACAGUAACCCGAUUGUACAACUUUCAAAUUUUUAGACCCUGAAUAUUUUAUUUGCAAGACACAUUUUCUUGUGAUUCUAGUAUAUUAGCGGCUCGCUAGCAGUUGGUGCUGAAAAAUCAGAAUUCAGACUCAUAAAUUCUCGCAUAUGAACAAAUUUUCAAACUUGUCUGUUUCUCUACUAACCUCAAAAUUAACACUAUCAAAUUAAAGGUUAUCUUACAUCAAGAUUUUUCAAGAGAACCUUAUAUGUGCGAAUUAUUAUUGUUCUCAAGUAAUAUUUUUCUACAUAAUUGGAGAUUACUCAGAGAUUCGCUGGCCAGCUCGCCACCAGAUCGCUGCGGCCACCUGGAAACUGCAUGGCCGCCAGGUCGUCUUGAGUUUUCCGGCGACGUGGUCUGUAUGUUUGAAAUCCUGGAGAGCUGGCAAGACGGUGGUUUGUACCCAAAAUACUGCAUUUUCUACUGUUUUUUCACUUCCUAAGGCUUCUAGUGCUGCGAAAAAACAGAAAAUGAGCCAAUUUCGAAAAAAAACGAAAAUGUCUCGAUUCACAAGUUCUUCUGACAUUUUCAUGAAAAUUCAUUUCGACGAGGCGAAGUGGCCACCACGUGGUAGCCAUGUGGGCUUGACCUAGCCAUGUGGGCUUGACUAUAUUCCAGUAUAUCUACAUACAAAAUUGAUCACUUAAUUGGGUCACGCGAUCAAUUUUUAUUUUGGAUUUCUAAAAAUGCUCAUCAAAUCAAGAAGUCAGUUAUUUUAUUUUAAACGUGACCUUUUUAUUUUGAAUGAAGCGGGCACUCAAUUGAGAUCAUUCUCUAUUUUACCAAAAUUAUGAAAUGCCGGUUCGAAAAAUUCUGUUCUUAAUAUUCGAUAUCUGCUAAUAUUCAGAUUGAUUUUUAUUUUGAUCAUGUGGAAAGUUGGAGUGGACCGUUUAACAAUCUCUUAUAUAAUAAAAUUUUAAUUUUUGUGUUGCAGCUUAAAAUUCAGAUGGUGCCGCUACGCACAAAAUUUAGUCGAAAUCAUAACACUUUUAGGAUUCUGUGAUAGAAAAAUAAAAACUGAGAUGAACUAAACGGAAUAAUCUUUUUUUGCCAAAUUGCGCUUGAAAAAUUAGCAAAAAAAAAUAUCGCCCUCGAAAUUCAGGUUCUGAAUGCGGCAUGGUCGGAAAAAAUGUUGUUUUUUUUCUGAAGUUUUGAUGUUUUGUCAGUUCUUUGAUUUUUGGAACCGAAAAUCACCGCAGUAUCCAAUAUAACAGCACUCGAUUAAAAAAUAGGCUUUUCUCCAUUUCUUGAUAAUUUUUAAAACGUCAAAAUUCGAUGAGUAUUUCUGAAAAGCCCAACAAAAAUUUCAAAGAUCCAAAAUUAAACACGUGACCCAGAUCGGUGAUCAAUUUUGUAUCUCAGGUAGCAGCUUGCCCAUGGACUGCCCCUUACUCUGCCCUUAGAGCAGGUUCUAAGGGCUGCAUUGGAGCAUUUAAGGGGCAAUCUUUGGGCAUUUCAAUUAAACAAGGACAUCACGUUUAAAAUUCAAAUUAAUUCAAGCCACGUAAAAAACAUUUUCACUAAUUUUUCUGGUUUUCAGCUUGGAAAAAUGAAGUCUAGGCCCAAAAUGGGGCAGUUUGGAGGGGGUGCCUUCAUCAAAAGGGAGCAGCCUUCAAUUAAAUACAAGAAAACAUUAUUAUAAGUGUUUUAGAAGUAAAAAUUUUAUUAAACGAAAUAACAUAGGAUAUGCACUUCAGCUUGAUCAUCUUCUGCUUCUCAUUGUGAAAUCAAAUUUUCACAUAAGCUGAUAAUUUAUUUUUCGUGCAUUCGUGAAUUUUCUAGGUGAUUUGACCGAAAUUUUUCAAUUCAUAGCUGCAAUGUUUGAAGGAGUUGAUCCAAAACAACUUUUUUGAGAAUCGGAUAGAUUUUUACAUGGUUUGGAACACAUCUUAUCCAUUUAACAAUCACAGUGAUAAUCCCAGAAUCCGCUCCACUAUAUUUGAAUUGAUAACUUGCUCAGUUACUGCUUUUCUGAUAGAUAUUUGAGUGUCAUCGAAAUAGUUUGAUUCAUUCGCUAUUUUCUUGGCCAACAGAAUAUAAAAAAUGAGAAGAAAUUCCGAUUUCGAAACAGGACACGUAUCAAAACUAGGUCACGUUAUGAAAAAUAGCUAUAAAUUUAUUUUUCCCAUUGAAAAAUUUGCCCUUAGGGCUUGCCCAAGGUGCAAUUAUGGGGCAACCGCUUUCCUAAGGGCAGUCCAUGGGCAAGCUGCUACCUGAGAUGUAGAUAUACUGGAAUGUGGCUUGACCUAGCCAUGUGGGCUUGACCUAGCCAUGUGGGCUUGACCUAGCCAUGUGGGCUUGACCUAGCCAUGUGGGCUUGACCUAGCCAUGUGGGCUUGACCUAGCCAUGUGGGCUUGACCUAGCCAUGUGGGCUUGACCUAGCCAUGUGGGCUUGACCUAGCCAUGUGGGCUUGACCUAGCCAUGUGGGCUUGACCUAGCCAUGUGGGCUUGACCUAGCCAUGUGGGCUUGACCUAGCCAUGUGGGCUUGACCUAGCCAUGUGGGCUUGACCUAGCCAUGUGGGCUUGACCUAGCCAUGUGGGCUUGACCUAGCCAUGUGGGCUUGACCUAGCCAUGUGGGCUUGACCUAGCCAUGUGGGCUUGACCUAGCCAUGUGGGCUUGACCUAGCCAUGUGGGCUUGACCUAGCCAUGUGGGCUGGACCUAGCCAUGUGGGCUUGACCUAGCCAUGUGGGCUUGACCUAGCCAUGUGGGCUUGACCUAGCCACCUUGCCAGCGAAAAAAAAUCGGGCGACAUGGUUUCCAUGCGGUUUCCAGGUCAGCCAGCCUCCUCACCUGGUGGCGAGCUGGCCAGCGAAUCUCUGAGUAUACACUAAUUAAUCAUACACAAUUUGAACUGUUUUUGAGUUGUUCCGCUGACAACUUCCCAAAAAUAACUAUAUAUUCAAACAACCGACACCAAGGUGCGACCUACUCUUUUUCAAAAAUUGUGUUAUACUUUAGGAGGUUAUCUAUCUGAUCAAUGAAGAAUAAAACAUAAUUUUGUGCAAACCUUCUUUUCAAAACUGCGUUUCGCACGGUCAUUUUUUAGUAUUGUCAAUCCGAAAAUAUAAGAGCAGCGUAAUAUAUAAAUAAAAACAUACAGUAGACUUUUCGACUGCUCUGAUGGGUGAGCUUGAUUGAGAAACGCAGAAUUUUUAAUCCAUCAAACUACAUAGAUAGGAAUAAUUUGUUGAACUAUUCAGGGUCUAAAAAUUUGAAAGUUGUACAAUCGGGUUACUGUAGAUAGAUUUGAAAAAUAAUCAAAAAUGGCGAAAGUUCUCCCAUCCAGAAAAGUUUCAAAAACUGCUCCCAUUUUUAGAAAUAAAUCAUGCUCCCAUUCAGACAGUCUAUUUUAUUUUCAAUGCUGCUCCCAUUCAUAUAACAAAAACAGAUCCCAUUCAGACUACUUUUUUUGCUCCUAUGUUUUUUCGACCUGCUCCCAUUUUUUGCUCCCAUAAAUAUGAAAGUGCUCCCAUUCAGUAUUUGCCACGCGAAAUACUUUUUAAUGCUUUCAGAAACAUUUUCGCAAGGUUUUGAUUAUUCUCACGUGAAAAUUUCGAAUUUUGAAAAUUAUCACCAACCAAGUAGAAAACUGUUGUGAAACCAGUCAAAAACUGGUGAACACUGAAGUUGUAGUUUUUCAUGACCUGAUAGGCUUUGUGAUAUAAAUACGAACUAAUGUGUACCGAAAAACAGUUUGACAUGUUUUUCAAUUAUCAGCUUUCAUAAAAUCACUGAUUGUUUAUCAUUUAACUGAAAACAGCCAAGAACCAGUGAAAAACCGGUCAGAAACCAGUAUAUGAUUGAAUUUUGAGAAUAGGGCUGAUCUAUUGAUGUCACGCUUCAAGAAAUAAUAACAUUGUGACCUUGUUUUAUUUUCUAAGUUCCUUAUCGUUGUUGAACUGUUUUUUCCGAUUUCUUAUAGUGAAAACAAGAAAAAGCAUGUUUCCCUAUGCAAAACACAAUUUGCAAACAACACUCCGCUUUUUGCACUUGCCCCUAUUUUAGUGAUGGCGCGGUUUUUCUUUUAUUUAUCAUUUUUCUUCUUUUUUUUAACUGUUUUCUCGUUUAACUUUGUGAUAAAUGAUGUUUUGAAGUGGAAAACUAAUGUAUUUUUUACAGCAGUAUGUGCGGAUAUGACGACAACUCGAGUUUUUGCCGAAACAAGUGGUAAUAGAUGGAAAAUCAACAGAAAGGUGAGGUGAACUAACUUAUUGCAAAAUACUCUUACAUUUUUGUGUUUUAGAACUUCAAUAUGCUUGCGAACCUCGCAAAAUCGAAGUGAUAACAUUGUGGCGAGGCUGCUUAUGAGGAACGAGAGAAAAAGGUUUGUCUUUUCAAGUUUUAUCUUAAAAACAUAGCGUGCUGUUGCCAUUCAAUUUCUUCAGUAGUAGAGAAAAAAGAAAAUCAAUGUUUCUUCACUUGAUAUAACCCUAUCAUAAAUGUUCUUUCAUUUUAGUCAGAAAAAUUUGAAUGGAAAUAUCGCUUAAAUAAAGUGGUGCUGCAGAUUAGUUUCUUCUCUGACUUGUGAGGAAAACUGGGCUAAACUCUGAACACUGUUUCGCCUCAUUUGUUCAAUACUUAUCACCGCAUUUUUCUGUGGGAAGAACUACAGGGUGUACCAAAAGUAUACGACGGACUUUCUCAUGAGUCCUGAAGCUGCCAGCAGGGUCUAAAUCCUAAUAUAUUGUGUUCAGUCGAUGUCUGAGGUGCCCAAAAACUAAAAUGUAUACUGACUUGAUAAACUUUUAAUUUCCACGUGAUUAUCGUGACGUGAACUGAUUUUCUAUCUCAAAAACAAUGAAAAACGUCGUUGGUUCUGAAGUCCAUACCACAUCGAGUAGAAGUUCAAAUGAGCCGAAAAUUUUUUUCUGAAUAAGCGAAACCAUCAGCAAUAUGGAAAAAGUUAGCUUGAAUCAGUUACUGUCAUUGUCUUAGAAAAAUUAGCUAUCAGAAUAAGACAAAUUUUGGUGCGCCGAGCAUGAGGGGUUUUUAGCAAUCUUCACAGUCAACUGAACCGGUUUUGAUUUCUGUUGUAACAAAAUCUAUAGCGAUGUUAAAAUAUGAUAAUUCUGUACCUCUGAAGUAGCUUUCAACUUGUGAAUAUGACUUUCUAGCUGAAAUUUCACCAAAUCUGUUUCAUUUCCAAAAACAGCUGUUUUUUUCUGAAAUAUCUCAAAUUUUUGAUAUUUCUAACGAAGAAAUGUUCCCGAAAUGAUUUGAAUGAAUGGAACAGGAUAAUAAUUGGAUAUUUCACAAACUUAAAACAGAAUAUUCAAAAUCUAGCGUGAAAUUAGUCAAUUUGGGGAUAUAUCGUGAUUUUCGACAAUUUUAUCCAAAUUUCAAAAUUUGAUUCGAGCACCGAAAAAUAGAAAAGUAACUCAGAUAUUCCUAUUUGAUGGAUGCUGAUCGUUAUUAGAGGUCUUUAGGUUGAUCAUAAAAAAUAUUGAAACCAACUUGUAAAACUAGCUCAGAUAUUAGAGGUCUCUGAAGUUCAAGAGUGAGGCGGCGCACCUACGUUUUUCAUGAACCACUAACCUAGCCAUAAAAUCAAACUCCAAGUCAAAGUGAAAAAAAUAUCAUGAUCAAAGUUACUGAAUUAUGUCUUAUUUACCCAUUGAACACAAUAUAUUGAAAAAAAAUUAACCAUCUAACCGAAUUAUGAUAUAAAACAGAGUGUCGCAUACUUUUGGUACACCCUGUAAUCUAUAUCACAGUCUAACAAAACAGCUUCACCGGAAUACUCAUAACAUCGAAGUUAGUUAGACCAGACUUCAGAAAUCAGAAAGUUUCACUUCAAUGUCUUAGAAAACUACCACUUUUUCAGAAGUUAGUGUGAUCUCUUAGCCAUCCAGUAAAAUCUCGAAAGUGUUUAUUACUCAAAGAAUUGCUGAAACUUAAAAAAAUUAGAUUUCUGUUUGAAUUCAAAUUACAAGUUUUGAAAAUUCGUGAUUCAUUCAGCACAUAUGUUUAUAUAUAUAUUUAUUCAGAUAGUUUAAGUAUGCAUACACACAAUGAAAGAGAUAAAAACAUAAUAUAGUUCCAAUGGGGAGUAAAAUAGUUAUAGGAUAUUCACAUGAAAAAAAGGGGGUAAAGGUUGAAGAAUGGGGGCUAGAAUUUCAGAUGUGGAGAUCAUUGGAAAAAUAAAAUUGUGUGGAUCGCAUAAAAUAAACUUCCCGAAUUCUAAAAGACCCAGCUCCCGCAAGAGAACCGGUCAGUUUUUUUUGUUUUUGAUACUUUAAAGAAAAAUAAUACGGAACUUGACAGUUAGGCUUUUGGUAGGAGUGAAGCUCGAAUACCCUUAACAAACACAGCAAAUGAUUUAGCGUUAAAGUCAGGAGAAAUGAGAUGUGAUAUAGUAUUCCAUUGUGGAAUGACAUGAGAAUAGAAAGAGUUUGGACAUUUCUGGACAGCGACUAAUCUAAAUGGAUGGCGAGGAAGAGAAGUGUACUUAACAAAAUCAUUAAUUUCUGGUUGGUGGGAAAAACCAUUAAGAGAUUUGAAUAAAUGUAUUAAGUUUGAUUUAAUUCUGCGUGUUUUGAUAUCAGACAUAUGAAUUUGUGCUAGACGAUCUUCAUAGGAAUUGAAGGCAAUAUUACAACGAUUAAAGGCUUUUCGAGUGAAGCGUCUUAAAGGGCUUUCUAAUUCAAUGGCAAGUUUUUUAGAUAUAAAUGGGUCAAAAACUUCACUGCAAUAUUCCAGUAAGGGGAGCACGUACAUUUUGAAAAGUAACAUGUAGUGAUCAAUAGAGCUGAAGUUGAAUAGUUUUAGUAUUUGAUUAGCUCUAAGGUUUGCGUUAUUGACUAAAUUAUUUACAUGUCUUUCAAACUUAAGCUUACUAUCAAUAACUACACCAAGGUCCCGUACAAAUUCCUUACUAGGUAUUUCAAUGUUAUUUGCAAAAUAUUUAGUUUUUGGAUUGUUUUUGCCGAAAUGAACUACGGUGGAUUUUUCAGGAGCCAGAUUCAUUGAAUUUUCACGAGCCCAGAAGCAUAUUUUAUCAAUGACUACUUGAAUUCGUUCUGGAUCUGAACCUAUGAUUUUCAGAUCAUCAGCAAAAGCUUGAAUUUCAACAUUAUCUUCCGAAAAAUCGAAAACCGAAUUAAUAAAUAUUAUGAAGAGUAUAGGCCCAGAAACACUACCUUGUACUACUCCUGAAGUGACAGGAGCUGACUUGUCUGAAAUUGAGUUACCAACCUUAACUUGGAACGAGCGAUCCUCAAGAAAAUCAGAAUACCAAUCGCACGUGAAAUUAUCGAGACCGAAUUCACGGAGUUUAUUAAUGAUUAGACUGUGAUCGACUCUAUCAAACGCUUUUGCGAAAUCAAAAUAAACUACAUCUGUAUUUUUCUUAUUGAAGCUAUUUUUUCUGAUUUUGGUGAUUAGAUUGAUAAGUGAUGACUUGCAACUUCUUUUAUUCAAAAAACCGAAUUGAUUUUUUGAUAUUUUAUAACUAUAUUUGCAUUUUAAAUAGCCUACUAUAAUUCUUUCCAUUACUCUACAAAUUGGCGGUGUUAAUGAGAUAGGACGAUAAUUUUUUGGGUCAGAGGCUUUUCCCUUUUUGUAGACGGGAAGAACAAUAGAUUUUUUCCAAACCUUUGGGACUUUACCGGAAUUGAAAGAUAGAGAAAAAAUGAUCGAGAGGGGGUGGGCCAGGGAAGAUGCACAUUUUUUGAGCAUAAAAUAAUUCAAAUUAUCGUUACUAUAACCACAUUUACUAGGACAUUUGGAAAGAUAAUCAUAAACCCUAGCAGUAUCAAAUGUUAUGGGAGGGGAUUUAGAUGGACUAUUUGACGGGUUACAAUUGAUGUUGGAUGGUGGGGCAUAGUUUGAGGCGAAGUGUUUAUGUUCUCUAAUAUUUUUGAAUUUUACAGGUACCAACGGAACAGUCGGCUCAACCAGUGCACUCAAAGUUCUCAUAGAAGCCAAGACUCAACUUCAAUGGAUUUUAAGUGUUUUUGAAGCAAUAAAAACUUCUUAUUGCAAAUGUGUACGAUUUUAAUUUCCACAGAAAGUUUCUUAGGACCCAGAAAAAACUUAAUUUACCGGUUGUUGACUGGUUUCAAACCGGUUUCGACACCAGUUUUUGAUUGGUUUUCAGAACCGUAACUGGUUGGUUGCGAACGGUGGUGAGUUGGUCGGUUACUGACUUUUUGCAAAUUUCCUGUGUAAACUGCCGUUCAGGCGGUUUUUAGCGCAAAAAAUUAAUUUUUAUUUUUUCCGUCUGUAAAUGGCCGGGAACUGAAACAUUUAUAUAUGCCCAUAUACGUAACUUUGUGUGAGAUGAGACUGGAAAAAUCGAAUUCUACGCCCCAACUCUUUCUUCUGGUAGAAAAAAUCAAAUUUUUCAACUUUUCGAAUUUCUUUAAUUUUUUCAAAUAUCAACCUGAAACUGAGAUAAAAAUUUACAAUUUUAGCUACAGAAUCCUGUGUUGAUCGAAACUUUUCGUUGAGUUUGACAGGUUUUAUGAUUUUUUGAAAAUGACAUCUUAAAAAAUCUUCCGUGAUAACUUUCCCAUAAAAAUCAAUUAUUGUUUCCAAAUUCCCUUUGGGCUUUUUCACACCCACUGGCGUACUACACUUUCCGCAUAGUAUCACUUCUUUUCAGGGGGAAACAUUAAAAACGUUUCCUUGUGAGAAAAGUAUAAUGCUGUGAUUCAGAGUCAUUUCAGCGCGCGUAGAAAUAGAAACAGCGUCGAAAAAAGUGAUUGAAAUUACCACAACAAUGGAGAUGUUAUUAAUUUUCGGAGCACGCUGAAGUUUCGCAUUUUCAGUCAUAUAUAAAUAAGAAAAUGUGUUUCCAAAUUUAUCUCAUCAAAAAUAUCAUUUUCUUCAAGCUACAGUAAUCCGAGCUGCAAAUUAUUGUUGAAGAAUACGAUUCUUGCAGUUUGGGUUCCUGUAGUUCAUAAAUUAUCUGUAAAAUAUCAUUAUCUCAUCAAAAAUACCAUUUUCUUCAAGCUACAGUAAUCCGAGCUGCAAAUUAUUGUUGAAGAAUACGAUUCUUGCAGUUUGGGUUCCUGUAGUUCAUAAAUUAUCUGUAAAAUAUCAUUAUCUCAUCAAAAAUACCAUUUUCUUCAAGCUACAGUAAUCCGAGCUGCAAAUUAUUGUUGAAGAAUACGAUUCUUGCAGUUUGGGUUCCUGUAGUUCAUAAAUUAUCUGUAAAAUAUCAUUAUCUCAUCAAAAAUAUCAUUUUCUUCAAGCUACAGUAAUCCGAGCUGCAAAUUAUUGUUGAAGAAUACGAUUCUUGCAGUUUGGGUUCCUGUAGUUCAUAAAUUAUCUGUAAAAUAUCAUUAUCUCAUCAAAAAUAUCAUUUUCUUCAAGCUACAGUAAUCCGAGCUGCAAAUUAUUGUUGAAGAAUACGAUUCUUGCAGUUUGGGUUCCUGUAGUUCAUAAAUUAUCUGUAAAAUAUCAUUAUCUCAUCAAAAAUACCAUUUUCUUCAAGCUACAGUAAUCCGAGCUGCAAAUUAUUGUUGAAGAAUACGAUUCUUGCAGUUUGGGUUCCUGUAGUUCAUAAAUUAUCUGUAAAAUAUCAUUAUCUCAUCAAAAAUACCAUUUUCUUCAAGCUACAGUAAUCCGAGCUGCAAAUUAUUGUUGAAGAAUACGAUUCUUGCAGUUUGGGUUCCUGUAGUUCAUAAAUUAUCUGUAAAAUAUCAUUAUCGCAUUUCGGAUUACUGUAGCUUGAAGAAAAUGGUAUUUUUGAUGCGAUAAUGAUAUUUUCCAGAUAAUUUGUGAACCACAGUAGAAAUUUUCCAAGAAAUUAUGAAAACUUGUCUUCAUUUUUCAUUCAAUGCUAACAAUUGUUCGGGUAAUUAUCAUUUCAAAAUGUGUUUUUCGCUUUGAAAUAUGCGUGAGAAACCAAACAGUUUGAAAAAAAUAGAAAUUUGCUAACAAAUCUGUGGCCGUGGCCGAGAAAACCAAAUACCUGUGUAAUUCUCGCGAACGAAUAUUCAUUUUUUCUUUUUUUCACACCCGCUCAAACAAUGAAAAAAUCAGCAAAAUGGCUUUUUUAUUGGCAUACCAAUUUUAGCUACCUUAGAGGGCAUUAUAUGAGAAACUAAAAAUACCAUUAGAAUCAGCGUCUUUAGAUCUACAUUAAACUAUAUCAUUCAUAUUUUUAGUGGUCCUGCGAAGAAAGUUACGAUUUGCGUCGAGACCACGCGGUUAAAUAAAUACAUGUCCCUUUAAUUUGCAACGUAAAUCAAUGCAAAAGUUGGCGUACCAAAUUGUGUCAUAAUAAGGGAAGUUAGAGGAGAAAUGUAAAAUAUCACGAGAUUCAGUGUGUCGAGCCUUUAUUUGGUGUCAAAAAAAAGAUAGAGAAAGAAGAAAAAUCGUGUGGUGGGUUAAAUAAUACAUGAAAAUCGCACACAUAAAGCUUAUAAAAUCAGAGAAAUUUUAAGUUUUAUAGUUGAAAAAAGGUGCCAAAUGGGGGGAAAACUCAAACAUCGGGGUAGACCUAAACUAGGGAAAAUAAGAUUUUGUGAGAAGUUUUGCCCGCGAUAGAACUGGGCGAAGCGCAUGCAAGGGCGACCAAAAAACACACCAAACAGGACCAACCACUUCACAAAUCAUCAACUUCACAACAAAAUUCGGUGAUUUUUCUAGAGAAGCCUCCUUGGCGCUUGAAAAAUAUAUAGGAAAAAAGCAGAGUUUCGUUCGUUUUUCGCUAAAAUACAAUAGGUAGAUCUACACACAGAUGGAAUUCUUCCGCACACAAAAAAAGGGCACAACUUUUUGGUUGAAAAAUAGGGGGGACCGUUGUUUUAACACCAUAUCAUAAGAAAUACGAAAAAAUAAAGAUAAAAUAUAGGUUAGGAAUGCAUUGGUUUGGGGUUUUGGGGGGAUUCUCGUUUAUUGGGUCGAUUCUUGCGGAACUUCAAUUUUCACAACAACCAUGUCCGGGUUCAUUUGAGUGGCUUCCAAAAUUGCUUGACUCAAUUCCUGCAAAAUUAGAUAUUUUAAAUUUGAAGAGGAUUUUCCCGGCCUAGAAAUUCAAAACGAAAUUCUAGGUCAUCUGUGAAAUCCGGACAUACGUCGCAUACUCCCGUUUCAAAUCGGCCAGUGCAUACCCCUAUUUUUUGAAAAUUUUCGACGAAAGGGAUAACCCCCCCCCACGACCAUUCACUCCAAUAGAAAAUUGCCCACAGGGUCAGACGAGAGACGACGAGAGUCUAAUGACGUGUCUAAUGAAAUAUCUUUCCACGAAAUUCAUUUUCGGGAUAUUUUUGCAAAAUACUCUCGUCGUCUCGCGUCUGACCCCACGGGCGCAAUGGAUGGUCGUGCCCCCUUUUUUUUUCAUUUUUUUUCAUAUCCAGCUAUAGAAAUCUGAAAAUUACAAUUUUAUUGAACUAAGAAUUUGCAUCAAUGAGGCAAAUAGUAAAUUUUGAACUUGAGUUAAGAGUAGCAGGUCUUUAUUAGACCCUUAUCAACUAUGCUCCACAUAAAAAUCUAAAAAAAAAUUCACCUGGUUUCAAAUUGGGACCACUAUGUUCUUUUUUCCCCUGUGUUAUUAAAGAACACAGGGGUAAUAAGAACAUAGUGGUCCCAUCUUGAUACCAAGCUCAUUUCUUUGGAUUUUAUUGUGGAGCAUAGUUUAUAAGGGUCUAUUAAAGGUCUUCUACCCCUAAUUUAAUUAUAUAUUUAUGUGGAAAUUUUUUUGAGGCUUGAAUUGGUAUCCCUAUGGCAGGAUAUGCAGAGAAAAUUAUCAUCAAACACACCUGACGAGAGAGUGUCUCAAAAUUUUUGUGCAGCGUGGAAAUAUUUGCCAAAAAAAAAUUGUGCAGUGUGAAAUUUUGAAUUUUUUGCAAAUUUUCAUCAAAAUCCGCUGAAAAUCAAUCAAAACUACACUUUUUCGUAAAAAAAUGUACAGUGUGGCUUUUGAAAAUUUCUGUACAGUGUCCAUUUUGGACACGUCUCGGCAGGUGUGUCAUCAAAACUGAGAAAAUUUCAUAAAAAUGUUUUAUCUCAAGUGACAACCCCCUCCAAAAUUUGGUGUGAGGGACAACCCCUCCACGGGUCGAUUACCCCUGGCAUGCGACGUAUGGCCACGAAUCAUUUUUUGAUCAAAAAAUUUGAAAUUUUUAAUGAAUUCAAUUGUAUUUCGUGUGAUUUACCUCUUAUGAGUACACUUAAUUCAAAAAAAAUAAUAAAAUAAGUUUUUUUUCGAAAAAUUGAUCGAUGACUUCAUCCAUGGCAAAAUUAGGAAGCCUUCCUGAUUUUGCCACGAAUCAUUUUUUGAUCAAAAAAUUUGAAAUUUUUAAUGAAUUCAAUUGUAUUUCGUGUGAUUUACCUCUUAUGAGUACACUUAAUUCAAAAAAAAUAAUAAAAUAAGUUUUUUUUUCGAAAAAUUGAUCGAUGACUUCAUCCAUGGCAAAAUUAGGAAGCCUUCCUGAUUUUGCCACGAAUCAUUUUUUGAUCAAAAAAUUUGAAAUUUUUAAUGAAUUCAAUUGUAUUUCGUGUGAUUUACCUCUUAUGAGUACACUUAAUUCAAAAAAAAUAAUAAAAUAAGUUUUUUUUCGAAAAAUUUAUCGAUGACUUGAUCCAUGGCAAAAUUAGGAAGCCUUCCUGAUUUUGCCACGAAUCAUUUUUUGAUCAAAAAAUUUGAAAUUUUUAAUGAAUUCAAUUGUAUUUCGUGUGAUUUACCUCUUAUGAGUACACUUAAUUCAAAAAAAAUAAUAAAAUAAGUUUUUUUUUCGAAAAAUUGAUCGAUGACUUCAUCCAUGGCAAAAUUAGGAAGCCUUCCUGAUUUUGCCACGAAUCAUUUUUUGAUCAAAAAAUUUGAAAUUUUUAAUGAAUUCAAUUGUAUUUCGUGUGAUUUACCUCUUAUGAGUACACUUAAUUCAAAAAAAAUAAUAAAAUAAGUUGUUUUUCGAAAAAUUGAUCGAUGACUUCAUCCAUGGCAAAAUUAGGAAGCCUUCCUGAUUUUGCCACGAAUCAUUUUUUGAUCAAAAAAUUUGAAAUUUUUAAUGAAUUCAAUUGUAUUUCGUGUGAUUUACCUCUUAUGAGUACACUUAAUUCAAAAAAAAUAAUAAAAUAAGUUUUUUUUCGAAAAAUUUAUCGAUGACUUGAUCCAUGGCAAAAUUAGGAAGCCUUCCUGAUUUUGCCACGAAUCAUUUUUUGAUCAAAAAAUUUGAAAUUUUUAAUGAAUUCAAUUGUAUUUCGUGUGAUUUACCUCUUAUGAGUACACUUAAUUCAAAAAAAAUAAUAAAAUAAGUUUUUUUUUUCGAAAAAUUUAUCGAUGACUUGAUCCAUGGCAAAAUUAGGAAGCCUUCCUGAUUUUGCCACGAAUCAUUUUUUGAUCAAAAAAUUUGAAAUUUUUAAUGAAUUCAAUUGUAUUUCGUGUGAUUUACCUCUUAUGAGUACACUUAAUUCAAAAAAAAUAAUAAAAUAAGUUUUUUUUCGAAAAAUUUAUCGAUGACUUGAUCCAUGGCAAAAUUAGGAAGCCUUCCUGAUUUUGCCACGAAUCAUUUUUUGAUCAAAAAAUUUGAAAUUUUUAAUGAAUUCAAUUGUAUUUCGUGUGAUUUACCUCUUAUGAGUACACUUAAUUCAAAAAAAAAUAAUAAAAUAAGUUUUUUUUUCGAAAAAUUUAUCGAUGACUUGAUCCAUGGCAAAAUUAGGAAGCCUUCCUGAUUUUGCCACGAAUCAUUUUUUGAUCGAAAAAUUUGAAAUUUUUAAUAAAUUCAAUUGUAAUUUGUGUGAUUUACCUCUUAUGAGUACACUUAAUUCAAAAAAAUAAUUAAAUAAGUUUUUUUUCGAAAAAUUGAUCGAUGACUUCAUCCAUGGCAAAAUUAGGAAGCCUUCCUGAUUUUGCCACGAAUCAUUUUUUGAUCAAAAAAUUUGAAAUUUUUAAUAAAUUCAAUUGUAUUUCGUGUGAUUUACCUCUUAUGAGUACACUUAAUUCAAAAAAAAUAAUAAAAUAAGUUGUUUUUCGAAAAAUUGAUCGAUGACUUCAUCCAUGGCAAAAUUAGGAAGCCUUCCUGAUUUUGCCACGAAUCAUUUUUUGAUCAAAAAAUUUGAAAUUUUUAAUAAAUUCAAUUGUAAUUUGUGUGAUUUACCUCUUAUGAGUACACUUAAUUCAAAAAAAUAAUUAAAUAAGUUUUUUUUCGAAAAAUUUAUCGAUGACUUGAUCCAUGGCAAAAUUAGGAAGCCUUCCUGAUUUUGCCACGAAUCAUUUUUUGAUCAAAAAAUUUGAAAUUUUUAAUAAAUUCAAUUGUAAUUUGUGUGAUUUACCUCUUAUGAGUACACUUAAUUCAAAAAAAUAAUUAAAUAAGUUUUUUUCGAAAAAUUGAUCGAUGACUUCAUCCAUGGCAAAAUUAGGAAGCCUUCCUGAUUUUGCCACGAAUCAUUUUUUGAUCAAAAAAUUUGAAAUUUUUAAUAAAUUCAAUUGUAAUUUGUGUGAUUUACCUCUUAUGAGUACACUUAAUUCAAAAAAAUAAUUAAAUAAGUUUUUUUUCGAAAAAUUGAUCGAUGACUUCAUCCAUGGCAAAAUUAGGAAGCCUUCCUGAUUUUGCCACGAAUCAUUUUUUGAUCAAAAAAUUUGAAAUUUUUAAUAAAUUCAAUUGUAAUUUGUGUGAUUUACCUCUUAUGAGUACACUUAAUUCAAAAAAAUAAUUAAAUAAGUUUUUUUUCGAAAAAUUUAUCGAUGACUUGAUCCAUGGCAAAAUUAGGAAGCCUUCCUGAUUUUGCCACGAAUCAUUUUUUGAUCGAAAAAUUUGAAAUUUUUAAUAAAUUCAAUUGUAAUUUGUGUGAUUUACCUCUUAUGAGUACACUUAAUUCAAAAAAAAUAAUAAAAUAAGUUUUUUUUUCGAAAAAUUGAUCGAUGACUUGAUCCAUGGCAAAAUUAGGAAGCCUUCCUGAUUUUGCCACGAAUCAUUUUUUGAUCGAAAAAUUUGAAAUUUUUAAUAAAUUCAAUUGUAAUUUGUGUGAUUUACCUCUUAUGAGUACACUUAAUUCAAAAAAAAUAAUAAAAUAAGUUUUUUUUCGAAAAAUUGAUCGAUGACUUGAUCCAUGGCAAAAUUAGGAAGCCUUCCUGAUUUUGCCACGAAUCAUUUUUUGAUCAAAAAAUUUGAAAUUUUUAAUGAAUUCAAUUGUAUUUCGUGUGAUUUACCUCUUAUGAGUACACUUAAUUCAAAAAAAAAUAAUAAAAUAAGUUUUUUUUCGAAAAAUUUAUCGAUGACUUGAUCCAUGGCAAAAUUAGCCUUCCUGAUUUAGCCAUGGGUCAUUUUUCGAUCAAAAAAUUCGAAAUUUUCUAUAAAUUUGAUUGUAAGUCAAUGUUCUGUGGACAAUAAUCACAGAAAAAAGUGAAACUGAAAUAAAUGAGAAGACAGUUACGCCUGGGGGCUAACAGCCCCUAGUAUUUAUUCUUUUAUUCUUGUGCCACGCGGCAAAAUUGACAUUCCCAAAAUUUUCGUUUGAAAUUCUAAUUUUCAAAUUAAAAAUUCCAAAAUGAAAAAGAUUCAAUUUCAAAACGUGAAUUGUUUCCUGUUCGAAAUGAAACAAAAAGUUAGAUUUUCAAAUGUCAAGCAUAAAAUCAUGUUUUGAAAAAGUACUCCAAAAAAUCUCUGAAGCAGUAAAUUGCAAUUUCCUGCGCUUUCUAACUUUUACUCCAAUUUCCAGGGAAUCGAAAAUGUCGAGCUAGUCGAAGAUCGUCUUGAACAUCUCAAAAUUGGAUCAUCUUCCUCCGAAAUGACAAAAAAGUGGACAAAAGAAGAAUUGGAUAGAUUUGUUGAGGAUUAUAUCGAACAAAAUCAAAUGAACAUCUACUAA